AUGUUCUAAAAAUUCUCUCAAAAUCCCUGCAUUAUGUAAUUCAAAGCAAAAUAAUUAGAUACAAGUCUUUGUUUUUUUUCCUCUUCUUUUGUAUCUAUUUAUCAUUAUUUUUAUAUGUAAAUGUAAAUUUGUUGGCUUUAUUCACAAUGGAAGUUUCAAAACAUAGAAGUGAGUGAAAACAAGGAUAAGCUGAAUUUUGCAAGAUCAUUAUUUCUUCAUACCAAUAUAAAUUUACUAAACUGAGCUCAGUUCCUCCCUGAUGCAACUAUGAUAGUGGAGAAACAAGGUUCCAGGGCUGAAGGAGGCCAUGUAUUUCGACAUUUUUUUGAUUGGAAUGCAAAAUCGCGUAAAAAGUUGCUUUUGGAGACUCCCAUUGUAUCAGAACAAAUGAAGCAGAAAACGAGUAGCAAUAUGCACAUGCCAAUCACUCAGUAUCAUCCGGUUAUUGAAAAUUAUACAGCAGGAAGUUUGAUUGGCGCAUCUUCACUAGUUGAUGAAGAUGAUUAUGGUAAAUCACCUGGGGUGGUUGCUAGGCUUAUGGGAUUGAGUUCUUUACCAACUUCAUGUUCCGAGACACAUUCAAACCGAUUCCCUGACACCCCGUCUAUACCUUCUAUUAGAAAUCCCCCUGAAUUUAAACAAAAAGAUAACCUCCAAAUGGAUAGAAAACAUAGAGUAAUAGAGAAAUUUCAAACCGAAAGUUUACCUCCAAAAUCUGCUAGAUCAGUUUCGGUCACUCAACAAAAACUUUUAUCUCCUAUAAAGAACUCAGGAUUCGUGUCUUCAAAUGAUCCAACUCAUAUAAUGGAAGCAGCAUCAAAAAUACCGCUAGUUGGAUCACCUGCAGUUCCUUCUUCAGGUAGAAAAUCUUCUCGAAGGCCAGUGGAGUCAAAUGCUGCUAGGAGCCUAAAAGGACAAUCGAUGAACAAGAGUUGGGAUGGUUGUUUAGAGCGAAAACCGGUAUCAGAAGAUGGGAAAAAGUCCGUUUCGUUAGCUAUUCAGGCGAAGGUUAACGUUAAAAAACGUGAAGGUUUGAGUUUUUAUGGAGCUGAACCAAUCAAUGGUCAGGUUAGUAGGCAAAAGAAUACCCUCAAGAAACCUUCUACAAAUAGUAUACUUAAACAGAACAACCAGAAACAAAAUUGCUCAACUGAUAGAGGAAAAUACACUGCAAAAUCUUCAGCAUCUUCAGUCAAUUCUCAGCCUAGAAAACCUGUUUCUGAGAAGAACACCUUGAAAAAAAACAAUGAUCGAAAGAAACCUUCUAUAGAAGAUGCAAAGAACAAGAUUUGUGGUAAGAAUGAUCGAAGUGGAAACAGUGUAGUAAAGUCUAAUGGAUUGGAUGUUAUAUCCUUCACUUUCACAUCCCCUAUGUCACACUCAAAAGACAAAAAGAACACCUUUAUAGGUAAUACUCAUGGCAAAAAAGCGUUGAUCAACUUUGUUGGGAGUAAAGAUGGUUUAAAUUUAGCAGCCGGAGGUGAUUCUUUGAGUUCCCUUUUGGACCAAAAACUAAGGGAAUUAACUGCUAUGUCUGCAGUCUCUGUUUCUUUAGAAUCACGAAUUAACACAACUCCGAUCUUCCAAGACAAAAGAAACCGAUAUAAAGCAAGUAUAGACCACAACCUAAUUGUUCAAGAACAUGGUGCAGGCUUCCCAAAGAAACCUACGACCAUGGAGGUUGACACCGAGUCAGAAGCAGGUUAUGUGAAGGGCAUACUUUCUGAUAUCGGGACUAUGUUUGAGGAUUUCGUCUUAAACAGGACUGGGAAGAUUGUGAACCCCCGUCGGUUUGAUCAACUAGAAGCUAAAAGACGUGUUUUUGAGAAGAAGCAUGAGGUUAAGUUAAGACGUAAGCUUGUGUUUGACUGUGUGAGUGAGUGUGUUGACUUGAAAUGUAGAGUCUGGCCACUAGGGCUAGCAGCCGUGAGAAGAAAAGAUCUGCUAGCUGAAGAAGUGUGUAACGAGAUCUCGGGGUGGGAACAGAUGAAAGAUUGUAUGGUCGAGGAGCUUGUUGACAAGGAUAUGAGUGGCAGUCAACACCAAAAAUGGCUUGACUAUGACCUUGAAGCAUUCGAAGUUGGAGUAGACUUCGAGAAGCAAUUACUCAGUUCCUUAAUCGAUGAACUUGUUGAUGAUAUCUUGGAAACAUAGGUAAGAUAGAGAAGAAAAAACUUGGUUCAUUAUAUCUUUAUGGUUUCCCCCAAAAAAAUUGCUUCUUUACACAGUUUUCUUCAAAAUAAUUUCAAGUAUUAUCCUUUUUUGGUUGAUUCUAUUGCAUAUUAUGUAAAUCACAAUAAGAAAAUUGCUGUAAAUUAUCUGGCCAUUGCGUA